UCUCUGGCUGCACCCCUUUCAAAAUGGCGGCUAGAGUUCAAAAAGUUGUAAAGUCGCCAGAGAUUUUGACGCAGGUUUUUCUUCCGUGAUGGUUUUCAUGGAGGUAUCAGGGUGGACGGGGACAUGAACACUUUGUAAAAAGUAUGGAUCAGUAGCCACCCGUAAUAUCUUUUGCAAUCGCCAUUAAAGGACCUUUGAUGUCAAAUGAGAGGAUGGCAGAAAGUAUGGAGACUACCUCACGUCCUCGCAAGAGACGGAUCGGUCUUGUUAUGGAGGACGAUGACCUCUCCUGGAGCUUCCAGCCCGAAACCAAGAGAAUCUGCACCAGCGGUGACAACACCAGUCCCGAGGACGACGUUGUCUGUAAUAUUGUAGUAAAACAGAUGCCUCCGGAAAAAGUCGGGGAGAUCAUUCAAACAACCAGUGACGAGUUUCAAUGCCAGAUUCUGGGGUGCAGCAAGUACGUCAACAGCAUUGCAGAGUUCGAAACCCACUACAACACAGUGCACCGUAACGUGUGUGGGGUGUGCAAGAAGUCGCUGCCAUCGGCCUACCUUCUGGACAUUCACCUGCUGGAGUGGCACGACUCUCUGUUUGAACUGAUGAGUGAGAGACAAAACAUGUACCAGUGCCUGCUGGAAAUCUGCCCUGACAGCUUCCGCAAUGCUCAUGACAGGAGAAGGCACAUGGUGCAGGUCCACAAGUAUCCUUCCAACUUCAAGUUUGACAAACCAAGGAAAAAGGACAGAAAUGCCCAUGAUGAUAAAGCAGGUGCGAAGAAAUCACCUUCCCUUGCCAAGUCUGAGGAUACCAAGACAGGUUUAGCCAUGGACACAGGAGCACCUGUUGAAGCAUCAGCUGCCCUGGAUGCAGCACCUGGUGUAACCACAGGAAACACACAACCAGCUGGUGCUACUCACAGACAGUACAGAAUGCCCAGGCAGAUAUGUUUUGGCAGAGGAGCUCCAAGGGGCUUUGAGCACACAAAGCACAAAAGGCCACCAAAGAAACAAGGAGGCAAGAAGAAGGAGGAGAAGCAGAAACUUCAGGAAACACCUGCUCCAGAAGCUGUACGACAUGCAGAGGAGAUGGAGCAGGAAUCUGUGAUGGAAAUGGAGGAGAUGCAGUAAGGCUGCCUCACUAAGGAUCAACCAUCAUCAUACUAGUGCCCUAUAUAUUGACAAAGUUGAAAUAUAAUAAUGAUUGUCAAAAAGAAUGCAGUUUUGACUGAUGUGAUGUAUGUUCAUUCAACAAGACCACACAGUUCAUGAAUUUUCAAAGUACUUAUAACUUAUUGGCAAAGCCAUGUAGUAUCAUAUCUAUUUUUUAUAGAUUUCCAGAGUAGGAAAGAAAGCUUGAAGACAAAAAGACAAAAUAAACUGUUGCAAGCUUCGACAUCAAAAUAUGUGUACAAAUGUAGUUACAUGUGUAUGGCUGGUCUUUAUUGCCAUUGGUUAUGUGCCAAUGACUAGAAAGGAUAUCAUUUGACCUGGUAUAUAUACACAUGUAGUACUAGUAAAGUAUAUGAUAUUGCCUAUGAAGGUUAGACAUCCAGGUAAUGAGAUACACCAAAAAGCAUAAAGUACAUGUAUAUGAUGUCAUGUACUAGUAAUUCAUAAGCACUCUCAAGUUGUAAUGCAUGCAAUAAAUGAUCUUGAAAUGUUA